CCUUACAAGUUAGACUGGAUCAGCCCUGUCUGGCUCCCACUUUCUCCCCCCCUUUUAGUAAUCUUCCUAUUCCUCACUCCUCAGUGUCUAUUCACAAUUUCAUCAGUUUUCUGGAGUCAUGGCGGAAGUAAACGUCGAUAUUAAUGCUAAGCAAUCAAGCCAAGACAAAAACUUCCCACUCCAAGAUCGAGUAGCCAUUGUUACCGGCUCUUCUCGCGGCAUCGGCAAAGCCAUCGCCCUUCAUUUAGCAUCUCUGGGUGCUAAGCUCGUCAUCAACUAUUCCUCCAACUCCACAAAAGCCGACGACGUCGUAUCCCAAAUCAAUUCCACCUCCAAUUCCUCCCCACGUGCUAUCGCCGUCAAAGCCAACAUCUCUGACCCAGAUCAAGUCAAAUCCCUCUUCGACUCUGCAGAAUCGGCCUUUCAAUCGCCGGUCAACAUCUUAGUCAACAGCGCCGGCGUGCUCGACGCUAAAUACCCAUCAAUCCUAAACACAACCUUGGAGGACUUCGACAGGACCUUCGAAGUGAACGCACGUGGGGCUUUCAUAUGCUGCAAGGAAGGGGCGAGCAGAAUCAAGCGUGGAGGAGGGGGGAGGAUUAUAUGCUUAACGACAUCGUUAGCGGCGGGAUUCAGGCCUGGGUACGGGGCAUACACGGCGUCGAAGGCGGCGGUGGAAGCGAUAGUAAAGAUACUGGCGAAGGAGCUGAAAGGGACUGGAAUAACGGCGAAUUGCGUGGCGCCGGGAGCCAUAGCAACGGAUAUGUUUUACGAUGGGAAAACAAAGGAGAUGAUAAAGAGGGCAAUUGAUGAAUGUCCACAUGGAAGACUUGGACAGACGGAGGAUGUUGCGCCGGUUGUUGGGUUUUUGGCAGGUGAUUCUUCUGAAUGGGUUAAUGGACAAAUCAUUCGUGUCAAUGGAGGCUACAUCUGAUCCUUUCUUCUCUCUUUUUUCUCUCUUUUCAAGAGGAGUGAGUGAUAUCUGUCUGGUUUUAAUUUGUUUCUUUUUGUUUGGUUUUGAAUUAAAAGUAGCAGUUCUAUAGUUCAUUGCAUCACCUCACCAUGCAAUAUUAAUCCCUUUCAACUAGCUCAAAUUUCUAUUGUAGUCCAAGUAA